UCUUUUUCUCAACAUCAGCACGGCCACACUUGAUUUCAGUUGCCUGUUCCUUCUGUAUCGUAAGUCAAUCAGGGAACCUCCUCGAGAGAGAGACAGAGAGAGAGAGAGAGAGAGAGAGAAGCACUGAAACAUAUAAACAUAAAUGUGAGCACAGAGCAGUGGCUGUUAGUGUCUGCAGCAUCAGCCUUAUUAGUUUAUGGACAGAAGCCGAGACAGAGUAAGAGAAAGCUGACGCUGAAGAGACAUGAAUCUGCAGGAUUAUCUGUGGCUCCUUGGAAUUAUUGUUCUUACACAAGAUUCUCAUCAGGGGCCAUAUCAGAGGAAGCUGAUUAAAGAACUAUUAAAGGAUUACUCCCCACUUGAAAGACCAGUAGCUAAUGAUUCACAUAUGCUCACUGUCUCAUUUACACUCAGCCUUAUGCAGAUCAUGGAUGUGGAUGAGAAAAAUCAAGUGUUGACAACUAAUAUUUGGCUUCAGAUGUACUGGUAUGAUCAUUACUUACGAUGGAACCAGUCUGAGUACCCUGGAGUGAAAAAUCUUCGUUUUCCUGUUGACCAGGUCUGGACUCCUGAUAUCCUUCUGUAUAACAGUGCUGAUGAUCGGUUUGAUGCCAGCUUUCAUACCAACGUCCUCGUGAAUUCCAGUGGCUACUGCCAGUACCUACCUCCAGGAAUCUUUAGGAGUUCCUGUGACGUUGAUGUCCGCUGGUUUCCGUUUGACAUCCAGAGAUGUAAGCUGAAGUUCGGUUCAUGGACAUAUGAUGGCUGGCUGUUGGACCUGCAAAUGAUAGACUCUGAUACAUCAGGGUACAUGCUGAAUGGGGAAUGGGAUCUCCUAGGUGUCCCAGGAGAACGGAAUGAAAUAUUUUAUGACUGCUGUAAAGAGCCUUACCCCGAUGUAACCUUCUAUGUUAUCAUUCGCAGAAGAACACUUUAUUAUGCACUAAACCUUCUCAUUCCUUGUGUGUUACUUUCUACCAUGACACUCCUUAUCUUUGUUCUGCCAGCCGACUCUGGCGAGAAGAUCUCUUUAGGCAUCACUGUUCUCCUCUCCCUGACUGUCUUCAUGCUUCUGGUGGCCGAAAUAAUGCCAGCGACGUCAGACUCCAUUCCUUUAAUAGGUCAGUAUUUUGCCAGCACCAUGGUAAUUGUUGGCCUUUCAGUGGUGGUAACAGUCUUUGUCCUCCAGUACCACCAUCAUGACCCAGCUGGUGGUAAAAUGCCAAAAUGGAUUAAGGUGUUUGUGCUCAAGUGGUGUGCCUGGUUUCUGAGGAUGAAGAGACCUGGAGAGAGUACAGAUGACCAGUCCCAGUGUGCACCUAGCCUACGACGUUGUAGUUCAGACAGUGAAAGGACCACUCCAGAUCAACAAGGCCCAAAUGGAAACAUGGUGUACCUAGGAUUCCGUGGCCUAGAAGAUCUGCACCACCCAUCCUGUAAAAAAGCUGAACACACUGCAAAGUCAACAGAUUAUUCAUCCUCACAUUCUAAUGGGAUACUUCCAUGUGUACCAUCACCAGAAAGGGGGGAUCCACUACUCUGUAAAAUUUUGACGGAGCUUCAGUAUAUUGCAGACCGUUUCAGGGACCAAGACUUAGAUGAGACUUAUUGUAAUGAGUGGAAAUUCGCAGCAGCAGUUAUUGAUCGGCUGUGCCUUAUGGCAUUUGCCAUGUUUAACAUCAUCUGCACCAUUUCUAUCCUUAUGUCUGCACCAAAUUUUGUAGAAGCCAUAUCAAAGGACUAUAUAUAGUUAGCACUGUAUGGAAUUCUGUAUGCCAUUGUGUGCAUUAGUGUUGUUGCUGGGAGGCAAUGUUGCCAUAACUGUAAAUGUGUAAAUUACAACUUUUCCUUGGAGGAGCAAUUCUUGUUAGGGAUUUUGGACCAUAACCCUUUUGCUAGUAGAGCACUUUUACUAUCUCACACACGUAAUGUAUAAAUUAUAUAGACAUAUACAUAACGAUAAGCAUUGUAUACCUAUAUAUACAUAAACAUAUAUGGGGGGGGGUCUCACAUCAGGCACACCUUCUCCUCAAUACAUUUCUUCCCGCAUAUGUCAGACUGCUGCUGAGAUAAGGGGACAGAUAUCCUUUAUACAAUAAAAAUAUAUACUAGUAUACACAUAUAUGCAUCUAUACAUACUUGCAUGACUUUUAAUAUUCAAAUUACUAUAUUUAAAGCUGAUCAUAAUGUUUAUAUGGGCCCAUGUUGGAAAUAAACAGAUACUAGUUUUAUCAGAGAAAAUUUGUUUUUGUUGUUCAAUUCAUUUGUUCAAAAGAGCCACAUUUCCUUUAUUCCUUAAUUUAUAUCUAAUCAAAGUUCAUUUUGGCCAGAAAAAUCUCAUCUCAGUAACCAAAAAAAAAGGUUUUCACUAAAAAUGGUGUCAAUUUUAAUUUCUAUAAUUACCCUUGUAUAAACAUACCAUUUAUCACCUGAACCUUCUAGACCAUUUAAUAAUACUUUCCAUGAAUUUAAAUGUAACCUUUAUAUAACACUGACUCAUACCCAGUUGAACACUUAAAAUGUCUCACUUUUCCAUUUACUAAUACAUAAGGCUUUAUGGUCUAAAACAAUACCUGUCAAAAUUGUAGUUAUUGGAAUGCAAUAGUUUAACACUCAUGGACUUUCAUCCCCCAAUCCAAAUCUUUGUAAUAUCUAUUAUUGCUAUUAUUAUGUGUAUACCUAAUAAUAGUAAUAAUAGUAAUACUCUAUUAUUACUAUUAUUAGGUAUACACAUUUUUACACAUUUAUUAUGAAAUAUAUAGUAGAUCUCUUCAACAAUUGAAUUAUUUAUUUAGCACAAAUAAAUAAAUAAUCAGUGCACAAAUGUAUUCCUCACUACCAUUACAAAAUAUUGAAUCUGUAUUUAUCUACUGGGUUCACCCUUGUGCCAACUGACAAUUAAUAUUCUGAUCCCUAACCUAUCUCAGUAUCAAAUCCACGCUAUAAUGGACCUAACUCUGGCCUCUAACAGCCUUGAACAAGAUAUCCAAUUUUCCUAUACUUUCUACUGCUCCUUUUUGUCUACUAGACCUUCUUUCUUACAGACCUGUGUUAUCCCCACUUUCUCCUAAUGUUCCAUGUAAAUUAACUUGACUCUCUCUUCUAACAUCAAGACCCCUCCCCAUCUUUCCCACUAGACAGAUUAAGGUGCACAGACUUUCAUCUUCUCACACACUGUUCUUCUCCUUGUCUUCCCUACCCUGGCCCACAAACUCAUAACAUUUCUGCAGCUUCACCAGUUAUAUAAGCUUUCUGAAAUUAAUACCCAAACCUCCAAUACCCGCCGUCCUUCACGAAUCCUUAUGUUCUGAGUUGGGCUGUAGUCUUGUAUUAAUAUUGCAAUAUCAUUGCAGUAUCCUGAUCUAUAAAUCACAUCCUGUAUCACUCCUUCAGUAUUGUGUGUACCACUUAUAAUUCCCUACAAAACUCAUCCCCCCAACCUUUCUCCUGUCUACUACUUGUUCCUAAACCACUAUAAAUGCUUCCCACCCUCCCCCUUUCUUACACACCCCUCUUCCCAUGUGUCUACUCUUAUCCCUUUCUUCUGUUCACCCUUCUUAUCUCUCCCAAGCCAUGAUUCUACACCCUUUUAAUCUGUCUGCAUUUAACCAUUUCCCAGCUCCACACCCAAAGUUUUCCCUUAACUUUUCAAACUUACUCAUCCUUCUGCCUCCUUUCUCAUCCCUACCUUAUCCAUUACGUACUUAAUUCCUUUACUACCCUACAUUCUUGCCUGCAAAUCCUUCCUUCCAGCUCUUACCUUUUCAUUCCACAAUAGUGGCUGUUUGCUAUCCUCCUGAUUGGGUCACCCUAUCUCUGACAGGCAACCCUCAUUGUGUCUCCCUGUACACGUAUGCAAUAUCCCCACUUCACUUACUCUACUCCCCUCUUUCUUUUUCUAUCCAGUUCAUCCCUUCUUUCAUCUUGUUUCUGACCACAUAUGCCACUACCAUUGGUUGUAUAUAGCACCCAAAUUUUGGCUGACUAAAACCUCUACCCUGCCUUAUUAUCAUCUUUCUCUUUCUCCAAAUCCUUGGCCUACCUUUCCACCAGAAUAAUUUGUCACACAACCUCUGCAUCAACAUACCAUUUAAUUAAACUUAUCUGUGAAAGUUUCCUUUGACUAAUACAAAAAUUAUCUAAGUACCUAAGCAUAAACUUAACUAACCAACAUUACCACCCUUAACACUUUGUUUCCCAAGAUGCUAAUCCCUUACUUACUCUUUAACUUUUUGACAUAAAACAUAUGCACUAUAUACAACAGAAAUGUAUAUCAUGUUUGUUAACACAUUCAAACACUUAGCCUUUUGCUGCAGUUAUACAAUACUGGUUUGAAACUUUUAUUUUGCUUUUUGUUUUUCAUUUAUUUACUUUUCCCACUAGACCCUAGUUUCUCAAUUCUUUCCAUGCUGACCACUUUAAAUGCUUCUCUGCAAUAUACUGUCAAAGGGUAUAGCUGUUAUAAAUAUUAGUACCUAUUGUAUUAUACUCUUUUUUUUUAAUUAAAAAAGUCCUGACUUUUUUGUUUCCUUUAAUGAGCACAGAAGAAUUCUCAAUAUUUAAAAACUUAUUCUUAUAUGGACUUUCUACUUGUGUUUUAGAUCCAUCAAUGGUUUUCCAUAUCUUCAUUGAGCAAUCCCUCUUUUUUAAUAAUAUUGUUUGGUCCACUCAGACAUCAUUAUUACCAGCCUAGUGCCCUACUUCUUUGCUAGGUCUACAACCUCCAACCCCUCACCCCCUGGCAUCCACUGGUGUUUCUGAGGCCAGUCACAUGGAUCUUUUUUUGACAACUCUCCUUUUUGAACCAUACUUUCCCUUAGGGAGCCUUCAGCAAUGAGUCCCCUCCUCCCAGGAUGGGCACGUCAGUCCCUUCAUGAUAUUCCUUCAAGUCAUCAAAACUGCUAAUCGAAUCCAGGUCAGCUGGGCCAUAGACAGGGUUGUUCCACUCUACUCCAACAGUGCAACUAGCAAUUUGAGUUUCUUGAUAAAAAAUAUGUCAUUAACUUUCCUCAAAAUUUGCCCCCUACCUCUGUUGUGGAAAUUGUAAUGAUACUUGCUGAUCUAGGAAUGUACACAGCAGUGUUGCUUCUAGUGAAAACAGAAGAGCAAGUUCCCCAGUUUUCUGGCCAAAUUUUCCUAGUCUAUAUAAGUACCAUUUCAGGUCAUACCUCAUAAUAGGCCAUAAGCUUAGUUGGAACAAUGUGGUUAGUGAGUAGAUAAAUAAAUGGACAGACUUAAAGAAAUCUAAUAAACCUAAACUAAAUAAAUUGUCUGAGCUAAAAUAAACAGUCUACUGCAUACUGCAGGCAUGAGCUAUUCAGAUUAAAAUUGUGUAUUAACAAUAAUCCUUAGAAGAGGCUUAGGUUCUGGAUGGAUUUGUGCAUUUCUGGACAGAACAUUCAGUCAUGUAGCCUCAUUUAAACCUGGAAAUAUGAGGCUACAUUCCAUUUAAACACACCCUUACUAUAAAUUAUUACUUAAAUAUACACCCCUUAAACUUUCACAAUCAAAAACCAAUAUAUUUGUUGACUCUCUUCAGCAGAAUGUAUUAACACCACCAAAGCACUGACACAAAAUUCAUAUUUAAAAUCCAAGUGUUUAUUUUUUAUUCUUCAUGACGGUAAUAUGUAAAAAUGCAAAUGAAUAUGACAUUUAGUGACAAACAUUGAAUACAGAAGCAUAAGCAGAAAAUAUAUACUUUAAAUGGUAAAUUAUCUAGAAUCUACUGCAAUUCACAUUCUAGAAAAAUAAUAAAUAAAAAAACUAAAUAAGUAUUGUUCGUUGGAGAUGAAAAUAUUUGGCAUGAGAAGGUAUACUGUUUUAUAGCCUAAAGUUAGUGUCCGUGAUCUCUGGUCAAAUCAUACUCAUAACAGCAAGGAAUGUUGCCUUUCAGUAUAUAUGAUCACUGUAAUGAAGCAGUAUAAUGCACAGAUUUAGAAAUGAACUAAUACUUAUUUACUUAUGUACAAAUGAGAGAGUUGCAUUGUUUACUUCUACUGCAUUUGCACCGAUGUUUCAUGAAGAUCCACUCUCCUUAUUCGUCUUCCAGUUUAUGGAAUAGAGUAACAGAUAUCUGUUUUGUACAGAUUGAGGAAGCUUGAGUUGCAAGGAUUCCACGUUUAAUAAACUGACCAUAAGAGCUGUUAUUAAUCUCCUUAAAACUGGCAAGGCCAUUCAUUCCCCAGGUAUUCCAGGUGCUAGUUUUCACUCCCUGCUUGGAACUUCAUCUCUUGUUUGCUGUUAUUUUGUAACAGACUAUAUACCUUAUAUAUAUUGUGAGAUAUGCUGCCAUAGCCCUGUCUCUUCCUUGCUUAUUGCCUGUGAUCAGACAAUACAUUGAAUGCCACUGUAGUGCAUAAAAUGUAGUGCAGGCACUUGUUAGGCAUCCCUAAGCUCUGUUAAAAUCAAAUCCUGCUAGAAAUUGGCAGCAGCCAAUUCUGGCUGGCAAAGAACAAAGGUUGAAGAUAAAACCAUUUUGGAAGCUGUUUGAAAUUUCUCACUGCCACAAACUGUUCACAACUUUUAAAGCUGUAAUUCCUCAUAGGAACUCUUUUGCUUCUGCCCACUGUCUGUGCUGGGAUUGUCAAGUGUUUCACGGUUUUCAAAGCUUGUUAAACACUUUGUGUUCCUACACAUUUUUCUAUAACUGCACUACAAAGAAUUUUGAUCAUAACUGUUCUCAUGAGUUCUCAACAUGGAUGCCAAGAUUCAUCUUUUGAACUUUGUUUUGCUCCUCUGUCAAAGUGAAUUUCUUGGUAUCCGUAUCUUGAAUGCAUAACAAGUUGGUUAUAGUUACAGACCUGAUUACCAUCCUUAUAUGGAGCCAAUCAUUCUUUUGCAGUGAUGUGCUCUCUCUUAGCCAUCUUGUACCUAUGCCAAAUGAAAUAUAACAAAGAUUGCAUGUUUCUUUGUCAGGUAGGAGGCAAUUGUUUAUCCAAUGUUAUAAACCCCUCAAUCAAACCAUCAUUGAGAGUAAUGAUGUUAAGGUAAUAGACUAGAAAAGGCACAUACUUAUCAACAUGCAACUUCAUGUUUCAUUUAAGUUCCUGUAGUCUCUUAAAAGCUGACUCUUUUUUCUAAAUCAGGUGACUUU